AUGUCAUAUUCUCUACUGAUGUCAGUGUGUGCUAUAUUGAGUGGACUGCAGCUACAAAGGGCCACCACAGAGAAUGUCACCGGGCAAAUAUUGUACGUGGCAAACAACGAGCACACUUGCCAGUCUUCAAGAGUAGACUGUCAUAAAUGCUUUGCCAGUUUUCAAGACGCUCUAUCAGCAUUAGCACUGGAGCAAUACUCAUCGACUGCUAGUGACGUUAUACUAGCACCUGGACAACACACUUUCUACUCGGAUGCAAACUAUACGAUAGACUGCCGUGGGCAGAAAACAAUCAGAUUCCUAUCUGAGAAAGGCAGGAAAGAAGAGACAGUUAUUAAUGGUACCACCAGUACUAAAGGCUACAGUUUCCUACUGAAGAGUAGACUACAAUUGAUUUCAUGUAUUAAUGUUUCCAUAUCCGACUUGACUGUAGAUCAGUCUUCUCCCGGCACGAUGUUCAGUUUCUUGAAAUGUCAGCAUGUUGUUGUCAACAGAUGUACAUUCAUAAACAAACUCGGACUGACGACCUCUCUCUUUUUUAAGAACACUUGGCCAGUUCAAAUAUUAGACUCAACAUUUAACUUCACGACUCCUAGUCUGCUCCGCGACUCUCGCCAACUGAAACUGAUAGAAAACGAGAGAGGGAAUAGGCCAGUCUAUUUCACGAUGUCACACGUAUUGACCAAAGAGUCCGAUUCUCUAGCAUUUUAUGUAAAUAACUGCAGUUUUCAACCUCUCGCGUCUGCUCCUGCGAGCAUCUUGUAUGGGUAUGUCAAUCUGGCACGCAGCUAUAACCAACCGUUUCAAAAGGGAGGCGUAAUGAAAGUCGUUUUUAGUGGAGAGGAUGUUCAAUAUAUGAAAGCUAUCAUUAGCCAUUGCCAUUUUAGGCAAAUGGUAUAUGGUUACGGUGUUCCUCUUUCAUUGUUUCUGAACAACAAAACUGCUCACAACCACAUCACACUCGCUAACACAACAUUUACUGGCAACGAAUGUGUUGCAGGGUGCGCAAUUUUAGCACUCUUUCAAGACAAUCCUUCUAAUAACACGAUAUUGUUGACGGACACAGACUUCAUCAGCAAUACCGCAGUUAUAGAAGGUGGAGCAGUUUUUGCACUUUACGAAGAUGUCAGUAGCAAGGAACUACCAAGAAAUGAGCUACUCUUCAAACGUUGCAACUUUGUCGACAAUAGGGCAACACAAUACUUUGGGGCAGGCUCUGCAGUGAUGAUCUAUUCUAACAAGGAGCCGCUUGUAGACAACAUUAGACGUGACGAUACGAUCGAAGCCACUGCGACAUUUGCAGACUGUCAAUUUAUGUCAAACACUGCCAUCUACGGAACGGUGUUUGCUAAGAACUCUGAUAUUUAUUACUGUGGAUACUGCAAGUUUGUAGAAAACACAGGUGGAGCCAUCUACGCAUUUGGAUCUAACGUCACCAUGACAAACAAGCUCAACGUCAGCUACAAUACUGGUACUUUGAAUGGUGGCGGUUUGUCUCUACAAUUCUGGAGUCGUGCCACUUUUACUGAUGUUGAAGACAUAAUAUUUGCUUAUAACAAAGCAAGUGUGCGUGGUGGUGCAAUUUACGCUGACAGCACAUCUUCGUCUGAGUCAUACUUUGACUUACUCAACUUCUUGUCCAAUGUAGGCAAACAGAAUCAGUGUUUUCUGUCGUUCGAUGAUGACACAGAAUUCGACUAUGAAGGCUCUAAUCCUAAUGGAAAAUGUUCUACUAGAAGUGAUCCUACAGCGUUGGAAAAACUGGAAUCAUCUUUAAGGUGUUGGAACAAAACGAUAGCAACAAUUUUUAGGAAAGCCUACAAGAAUGGCUUUUACGGGGUGAACUCUACGUUCUUAUACAGUCAGCUAUGGGUUCCGUUUUCAAGCUGUUUGUUGUCCGACACUUCCAGCAUCUAUAACAACGAUAUUCAAUCGAUAAAUACGGUCAUAUGUCCGGGUUUUGUAAAUGCAACUCUUAUCACGCUAACUCCGGCGCCGGGAGAGUUAUUCGAUCUCACGUUCGAGGCUUUAGACGAAUUCUUGCAAAAUGCGCCAACACUUGGAUCUCUAAUGGUUUUUCAAUCUAAGAAGACUGGACAGUCGGCUCUCCUUCAUCAAGGAGGUACGGAGUACGGUCCAGAAACUCAACUUUACUUCGAUCCUCUUCAGCCGAUUACUGAUUUAUCUCUUGUUGGUGCCGUGGGAGCUACAGGCAAUCUGCACAUUUCGUGGCCGUCGUAUUUUCGAGGCUUUGUUUGUUCUCUCUUUAUUCCUUUCGAGCUGUCUGAAUGCAAUGAUGGAUUUAAUCGUCCAGAUGCAAACGAGCAUCCCAACUGGGCAAGACGGUAUAUCGAAGAAGCAAGCCAUGUUAGCAGACCCAUACCAGAGGAAAGUGCGGGUUUAGCGUGCACUUGUGUAAAGAUAGACGGCGUUAAUUGUGACAAAGAUGGCAGAACUGUAAUAGUUGAGAAUAAUUACUGGGCAGGAAAAGUAGGAAAAAUAAAGUUCGCGAGUCAUCCUUGCUUGGGACAAUGUAACAUGACGAGACCGGAAGGCAGCACUAAUGUGGGUCAUUGGGAGUUCAGCCGCGCCACACAAAAUAGCCACUGUUUGCAGUCACGAUCGGGAGUGUUGUGUAGAGAAUGUAAUUACAGUUAUUCUGAAACACCGUCGGGAACGGCGUGUCAACCCUGCCAGUCCAGUUGGAAGAUAGGAUUAGUCAUGUUCUUAGUUUUUGUAGCUUUCUUGGGAGUUUUACUGGUUUCAAUUAGUAUGCUUACAGAUUUACUGGGAAGUCACUACUUCGAUUCGUGGAUAUUCUAUAUACAAAUAGCACCUCUCGUUCUUCGUCCCGGUGAAGAAGUAACAGUUCUGCAUACUGUUGCGCGCUAUACAGUCAGCCUAAUUCAUUUGAAUGUUCCUUGGUGUGUCUUACCUAAACUCACUCAGCUGGACAGACUCGUCAGUGUGGCGCUGCCUCACUUCUAUCUUUUCUUUCUUGUGUUUCUUUUACUGGUUGCCAGUUAUCUCCGUCCCUUCUCUAAGUUUGUAAAAAAGAUCAAAGUAGGAGAGACGUUUUUCGUAGUUCUUAUCGUCGCCUACGAGCCUCUGGCUGUCUUCUGCACAUUUACACUCAGUUGUUCCAUAUACUUUGGAGAUGAUAGCUAUCUUACUGUCGAUCCCAGUAUCACAUGUUUCAAUAGAGAACAUUUUCCUUACGCUAUUGCUGCUAUUGUCAUUUUACUUAUUAUUUUUCCUUUGCCUGCGCUACUUAUUUACGAAGCGCGACACUCUAAAUCUUUGGCGAAGUCUAGCAGCAAACUGAAUUGGAUGAAACGCUUGUCUGCUGCGUGCGCUCGCAGUUACAGCAAGGAGAAAUACUGGUGGAUAGGAGUGACGUUGUGGAGAAGGUUGAUGUUUGCAACUGUAGCUGCAACUGUUGCAACAGAUCUCACAACAAGACAAAUUGCUUUAUUCUUUGUGUGUCUGGUUUUGUUUCUUUUCAACGCUAUAGUACUUCCCUACCAAUCGGAUUCAGCCAACAAGUACGAACUUCUUUUGCUGGCCAAUCUGUGUCUAAUCGGAGCUUUCAGCAUCAACGACUUAUCUACGGUCUCGGACACUAAACAGAUCGGUUUUUCCUAUAUUUUACUGUCUGUUUUAGCUUGGCCAGACAUUAGUAUUAUUGUUCUCGCAAUCUACAGUAAUAGACAACGACUUGGCCGAUUGUAUUCUUACUUUAGUAGACACAAUCAAUCUGCCGCCGACAGAGAAACUUCUGGACAACGAGCACGACGAGGAACCGAGUUAGCAACCAUGUCUUUUACCACUCACAAAGGGGAGAUCGAUGAUAAUCCUUGGAAUAGAUGUUCAACUCAAAUUGAAAUCAGAGACCCAUUGCUCAUAUCGUCGCAAAAAGACAGACAGACGUUACUAGACAAGCAGCAAUCUUGAACGUUAACUAGUUGGAAGACUUUGUUACAUACUUAUCUCUGAUUACUAUGACAAGAUACUGUAGAUGUACAUUUGCAUCUUGUUAUAACUUCAACUUGUAUUGCUGUUUGUAAUCGAAGUGAUACUUGCUGCUUAUCAAUUGUCUGUUAGUGACUAUCUGAAUGCUUUGUGUGGCCGUAUUAAAUGUUG